AUGUCUGAACCGAAGGACCAAGUCACCGUGCAAGAAUCCACUGUGGGCGAACCUGCUCGCACGAGCUCUUCUGCUCAAUCACUGCCCAAGGAUGCUGCGGUGGCAGUUACGCCGAGCUCUUCCCGGGAUGAAGAGACUGAGCGCCCCGAGCAGCCAGCGGACCAGAUUGAUGAACUGAAGAAGGGUCGCCUGGCAUACUUUAAGACCAAGGAGUUUUACAUUGUCCUAGUUUUAGGCCAAAUCCUCGCCAUUGCCAAUACUGCGACGGGUACCUUUACCACCCUUCUCGGUCAAGAGAACUGGUCAAUCACCGCGUUCCAGACAUUCCUUAACUAUGUAUUGUUGAACGCAAUCUUUACUCCCUACACGAUGUACCGUUACGGCUUCAAGGGCUGGCUCCGAUUGGUUUUGCGUGACGGCUGGAAAUACAUCAUUCUUGCUUUCUGCGACGUGGAAGGCAACUACUUUAUUGUGCUGGCAUACAAAUACACAACCAUGCUGAGCGCACAACUAAUCAACUUCUGGGCCAUCGUCGUGGUCGUGGUCCUCUCGUUCCUCUUCUUGAAGGUUCGAUACCACAUCUCCCAAGUCCUGGGUAUCCUAAUUUGUAUCGGCGGCAUGGGUAUCCUCAUCGCAUCUGAUCACAUCACCGGCACCAACGGCGGAGACAUUUCCCACGGCAACCAGCUAAAGGGCGACCUGUUCGCGCUUCUAGGCGCAACCUUCUACGGCUUCACCAACACUGGCGAAGAAUACUUCGUCAGCACGCGUCCCGUUUACGAGGUCCUCGGGCAGAUGUCUUUCUUCGGUAUGAUCAUCAACGGUGUCCAGGCUGGAAUCUUCGACCGAAGCUCUUUCGCCACUGCCCACUGGAACGGCAAGGUCGGCGGCUACCUAACUGGUUAUACUCUCUGUCUGAGUCUGUUCUACUGUCUCGCCCCGCUGCUCUUCCGUCUCUCGUCUGCGGCCUUCUUCAACAUCUCUAUGCUCACUAUGAACUUCUGGGGUGUUAUCAUCGGUGUUGAGGUCUUCCACUACCACAUCCACUGGAUGUAUCCGAUUGCCUUUGUUCUGAUCAUUGUUGGUCAGCUCAUCUACUUUAUUGGUCGUCGGGUCCUCGCUGAGGCUCGUAAGCCUUGGCUCGGAUCGAACCAGGAACGUGGUGUGGUCGGUAUUUUCACUGCGAAGAGGAAGAUUGAGCAUGCAGUUCCUGCUACUACUGGUUCCAAUGAUCAUUUACGUGAUCAUGUGCAGACUCCUGCGGCAAAUACCAGCUCUGUCUGA